CAACAAUAUACACUCUUCAACCUUCUUCGUACUUCAUCUGUACCAGUCCUCCAAUUUGUUCAAAAACUGGUCGCUCCUGCAUUAAAACGUGACUUUAUCAAUGACUUACCACCUGAACUUGCUGUUCUGGUACUGAUCAAACUGGAUGGACAAUCUCUCUGUCGAGCUUCUCAAGUCAGUAAAACUUGGAAUACGGUCAUUGACAAUAGUUCAGCUAUUUGGAGAUAUAGACUGGUGGCUGAGAAACUUUGGGUUGGGGAUGGAAGUGAGGCAACUGAUGCGGAAGAAUGUAGAUUGAUCGAACAAGGUCGUGGAAGGCAGUCAAAUAAGUACAAGUUAUUAUAUCGUAAAAGGCAUUUAACUCGAUCUAAUUGGAAAAAGAAUGAACCACGAAGGAUGAAUUUCUCUGGACAUGGAAUCACUGUUGUUACUUGUCUUCAAUUUGAUUGGGAUAAGGUCGUAGCCGCUUCCGAUGAUAAUGUGAUUCAUUCUUACGACUUAAAGACCGGAAGUAGAUUGAUGACUUUCACUGGACAUCAUGGAGGAGUUUGGGCACUUCAGUAUGUUGCCAAUGUUCUGGUUACUGGAAGUACGGAUCGAACAGUUCGAGUUUGGGAUAUGAAUACCGGUCGAAACACUCAUGUCUUUGCAGGUCAUACCUCAACCGUCAGAUGUUUACAAAUCGUUGAACCUGUGAAUAUCAAUCCAGAUAAUGAAGGACCACCGAUUUGGGAACCAGCUUUUCCAUUGAUUGUCACCGGUUCUCGAGAUUAUACAUUAAGGGUAUGGAAAUUACCAUCAGAAGAUGAUGACGAAUAUUUACCCGGACCCUUACCUGGUUCACCAUGUGCAGAUGAGAAUGAUACGACUCAAAUGACCAAUCAAAACCCGUUUCAUAUGUUUUUCUUACAAGGUCAUAAACAUGCUGUUCGAGCACUCGCUGCAGCUGGUCGAACAGUUGUUUCAGGUUCAUAUGAUUCAACUGUUAGAGUUUGGGAUUUGAUUACCGGUAAAUGUCAACAUGAGAUGAAAGGACAUACAUCUAAAGUAUAUUCAGUAGUUUUAGAUCGAUUAAGAAACCGAUGUGCAUCUGGAUCAAUGGAUAAUACAGUCAGAUUAUGGGAUCUUACAACAGGUACUACAUUAUAUGUGAUGGAUGAACAUACUUCUUUAGUCGGUUUAUUAGGAUUCUCUCAUACGAAAUUAGUCUCAGCAGCAGCAGAUUCAACAUUAAGGAUCUGGAAUCCAGAAAAUGGAAAAUCAGAAUACGAAUUAAAAGGACAUUUAGGAGCGAUCACAUGUUUUAAACAUGAUGAACUUCGAGUGAUUUCAGGAUCAGAUGGAACGUUAAAACUUUGGGAUUCCAAUGAUGGUAGUUUUAUACGAGAUCUUUGUACAGGUUAUCAUUCGGUUUGGCAAACUAGUUUUGAUGAUCGGUUUUGUCUUGUGGCUGUACAGAGAGGUAAUGAAAGUGAAUAUGAAGUUUUAGAUUUCGGUAGA